CUCCACUAGCUAGCUGCGACAGCACGCAACUUCACCUCCAUCACCCUACGCAAUUGAAAACCACAGUGUCUCAAUCGUCAAUUGCGCAAAAUGGAUCUUGAUCCGAUCCAGACAUCGUUACGCCGAUCCUCAUGCAAACGCGUGCGACCCACGAGUAGUACGGGUCCUGAAGCAGAAAAGAAUGGAAUACGAUUCUGGCCACGCGUGGUCAUUCCACGAAAGCGCCGAGCUGUCGAACAUUCGGACACAGGUACACCAGUGAGAGAAGAAAGCGCAAGAAGGAACGCAGCACAGUCGAGAGGCAGCUCAGCACAUAUCCAAGAAAGCUCCAACCCUUCUCCGGUCAUACAAAGGUCAACUGACACAGCAACGCUAUCCCACGAGGACCCAGUACCGGCAGACUGCUGUUACGUCUGCCGCAGACGCGGCGGCAAUUAUGCGUACACGUGCGUGUACGAAGUCGGAUCUGAGAUCUGUAAGCGCUGUACUAAAGAGAAGUACAAGUGCAGGCCAGCGACCGCUGCAGAAAUGGCCAAAGCCGAAGCACGAUGUCCGCAAUGCAAGAGGAGGGGUCUUACCAAUUGUUGGUACGAAGAUGGUAAGGCUUCAUGCGAGCCUUGCAUCAAAUGGAAGAAGCCAUGUGGUGCUUCCACCAAGCGGAAGCUCAUCACGCAGACCCGAUCCUUCCUGGGAACACCUACGUCGGAGCCUGAACAGCACGCGGCUAUUACAGCUGAUCAAGAGGUUGUGGAUGACAACGAGCUCCGUGGACCAACGAACGAAGUCUCUCGCCAUGCUUCCUCGCCUGCGCCUCCAAGGACUACUCUACCCUCUCGCUCAAGAAGAACUAACAGACAGAGCACCGCCACAACCGCGACCCCUUUCGAAAGCGACGCCGAACAGGCGUCGAUCACACCUGAGCAGAUCACGUCCACCAAAGGCCAGGAGCCCGGUCAUGAUGGCUCCAAGCGCAAGAGCAUAACAAGCACUCGCCCCUCCCAUACUGUGAUCACGAAGGAUGGGCAGGACGACAACAGGACAACAUCAAAGCGUGUGGCAGCACUUCUCAAUAGUGGCCUAGUACGCGGCUCUCGGAGGACUUCCAUACGUAACAAUACUGCAACUUUGCGUCACGCUGCACAAGAAGCUACUCCGGAUGAUUCAGCUGAAGAAGGGACUGAUCUACCCAUCGUCGAUGUUGAAAUGGAAGAUGAAGAAUCAGCUGAUUUGCAACUCAUCACUGAGAGUAACAAUGUUGCACCACUGUCUCCUCAUGCAAUCGUUGAGUCCGAGGCAGGGGACAUGGAUACAGUGCAUGCCUUGUUGUCGGACAUAGAGGACUCGGACGCUGAGGUUAUAGACCCACCGCGACGUCGCGUCCCCGCAGCAGAUACACAGACAUCACGCCCACGCCGCAGCCGUGGCAGACCUUCGUAUGUCGAACUCAUUCCCAGCGAUGUUUCCGACCAGGAGCCUGAAGAGGAGGAUGAUGAUGAUGAGGAGAUGUGGAACCCUGAAGCAGAUGAAGAAAGCGAAGUCGAUGAUGAUGAAGAAAGCGAAGUCGACGAUGCCGAAGAAUUCGAUGCAGCUGCUGAGACAUCGGCGGAUGAAGAUGGAGACGAAGAAGACAUCGAACCAGAAUUGGCGACUACAUCGCGACGAAGGUCACAACCUAGUUCGACAUCAGCUCCAAAGCAGGGAAAAGGCAUCGAUCUUAGCCUUCCGCCGUUGAACGACAUCCACGAUAUCACUGCAGACAUGGCAUCCAGGGCCGUAGGGCUUGGCCUGUGUGACGCGAUACGAAAGCUGGAAGGGCGACCGAUUAACGUCGCCACGAUGUGCUCAGGCACAGAGUCUCCGCUUCUUUUUCUGCAGAUGUUGUCAGAAGCGCUCGACUCAACGGGCGAGAUACCUUUGCACGUCAAGCACCAUUUCAGCGCCGAAAUCGAUGCAACCAAACAAGCAUACAUUGAACGCAACUUUCACCCACCCAUCCUCUUCCGAGACGUUCGACAACUAGGUGACGAAGCUGCUACGACAGCAACCACAGCCUAUGGUGCAGAAGAGCCAAUUCCAGGCCUUUUAGACAUUCUCAUUGCUGGAUUCGUGUGCAAAGAUCUGUCUUCUUUGAAUAGCAGGAAGAAGACUGUAGACGAUCAAGGCGAGACCGGCGAUACCUGGAGGGCGAUCUAUUACUACGUCAAGCGCUUCCAGCCCAGUAUCGUUCUGUUGGAGAAUGUCAGGAGCGACAAGAACCUUUGGAACGACGUAGUUUCUAGGUGGUCAAGAAUUGGCUACGAGGCCGCUUGGGUGUAUUGCGACACCAAGAACUACUAUCUGCCACAGACUCGCGAAAGGAUGUACAUGAUUGCUAUUAACCGCAAAUUAUACGGCCAAAACGUCAGCGAGGCUGUCACACAGUGGCAGUCAACCAUGGAAAAGCUCCAGCGUCAGUGUAGCAGUCCCUACGAAGCCUUCCUUGUCGACCUACCAGUCAGCGUGAUUGACCACUCUACAAUGUCCUCUGAACCAGACUGGAGCCUCUGCAAAUUGAGGUACGAUCAGAUCCGCUCCGAACAAGGGCUAGGAACUCGGCGUCCGAUCACACAAUGGAGCGAGAAUGGAACUCUACACCCACCCGACUACGCCAAUCGCAGGUGGUAUGACUCUCAAUCGUCAAGGGUUUACGACGCCAUAGAUGUUGCUCACCUACAGGCUGCACAGGAGGGCCAUGAUUCCAUGUACAAGAUGAAAAUUUGGGACGUAAGCCAGAAUGUCGACCGCUUCAAGGCGGGUAUGGGUCUGAUGCCUUGCAUUACUCCAGGCGGCUGCGAUUUUGGCAGCAACCGUCAAGACGCAUUGAAUGGCAGUCAAACUCUGGUGCUGCAAGGCAUGCCCCUUGACAAACUCCACUUCGCGGGCGAGACUCAAAGGGAAUGCCAGGACCUUGCAGGAAACGCAAUGUCUACAACUGUCAUCGGAGCAUCCCUUAUUUCGGCGAUCAUUCACGGUUACAAGGCAUUCCGAACAGACACUUCUGCAGACGCCCUGGACUCGAGUUCCCAAACGAAGCCUCCAACGCAAAACCGUCUUGUUCGAGCCAGUGCAAUGGCGGAGCACAAGCCUCAUCCGACAGAUCCUGAAGACCUUGAUAUUGUACAGCUCCUCGAUGAAGCAAGGCUUGCCUCACGGCUGUGCCAUUGUGAGGGUGAUCAGCAGAUAUCCGAGAUGGUCAUUAAAAUCUGUUCAGGGUGCGGACACACUGCUUGCUCCUUGUGCGCAUCGAACCCAAGGCACCAAUAUGUUGACAGUAUCCCGAAAGAUGUUCGAAAACAGACACCGAACGAGUUUGAGAGAUUUUGGAAAGCACGACUACCCUCACGCCUACAAUUGAGGGACGUCCCAAACCUGAACAGAUUCGUCUCUCAAUUGCAAGAGGAGAGCAACAACAACAAUGCGUACGUCAAGAGGAUCAUCGAAGUAGACAUUGGCUCGCGACAGUUCAGCCUGAGUGACUUCGUGCGGUGCGAUAAUGCGUGGAAGGUCGUGUACCGUUCCAACGAUGCAAGGAUGGAGCUCUCAGUCGGAGACAAAGCGCAAUGGCUACUAUUCGUUGAUUGUUCGCCCGAAGUAUCCGGCAACUCUAACGUACGCAAAGCGCUUGAGACCCCGGUCGCACGCGCCGUUAUUGAUGAUUCACUCUUGGACGUUGAGUGGGAAUGGUUCGUCCCGUCCAACCAGGAACAUUCCUUGCAUAUUCGUGGGUCUACUGAGCGCUCAAAGUCUUGGAGAAAUCGCCUUGGUCUGCCAGAUCAUCAGACGGAGACUGUACCGGCGCAAAUCCACGUGCACAGCAACGGCGAAGACACCAAACUUCUCGACGGUGAUUAUCAGCAUUUACCACAAUGCGGAACUGCCGAAUUCAGCCUGUACAAGAGGUCUGCUGAGCCCGUGCUCUAUUUGUUCCUUGACCCAAAUCCCAUCGGUGAGGCAAGGGAGGACAGUUUCGUCUUCAGCCGUGAUUGUAGCAGGAAGCAGUGGGGCGAGUCGCGAAUCAUCGUUGCACGAUUGAAUUCAGCCUGGCGACCAUGGCAGAUGAGCGAUGAAGACGAAGAACACGUCAUCGACGCAGUGCGUACCGGAUCGUGGAUGGCUGUGUCAACGAAACUGGCAACAUCGUUGCUUGCUCCUACAGCGAGCGUGCUGAUGCCUGGAACGCCUCUUACUGGUCUCAAAGACGAGUGCACCAACGCGGUGACUGUACUUGAUGUACGCGUCCCCGAACAACUGCCGAUUCAGAAGUUUUCCGAAUUUUCUUGGGCUCUAGAGCAGGUCAGAACCGCACCUUCGCUGGGAGACUGGCAAUCAAUCGAAGUCGACGCUCACAGCUGUUGCGCGUGUGCCCCGGCUUACCCUGAUCUCUUGUGGAGCGUGGAUAAUGCAGGAAAGGCUACGCCACACGAAGACCGCAAGGCAGCGGCUACGUUCGAGCGUGGAAUCAAAACUCGAUGUCCGGUGUUCCAUGUACAGCCAACGGUCAACAAAAACCAGACGCAUAUCGAAAUUGGCAUCAACAUCUUCUCGCUGGCGCAUCGUGCAAGAGGACGACUCGCUCGAUCUAUGGACAGCAGCGAGUCUAUAAGCACUGCCUGGAGACUCUUGACUGAUCAUGCAGACGUAGGGGCCGUGCGAUUUCCCAAAUUCCAUUUGCGUAGCAACGCAGCCGAUACCCCUUACUCGGGACCACUACGCCUCAAGAAUAAGUUACGUGGAGCCCAACCGCGAUCUCUAGCUUGGAUGCGAGCUCAGGAGACCGGCGCCUCGCUAAUCAUCACCGAGAUCGAAGAAGCCGUGGACCCUGGUCUUGGAUGGAGAGCAGAAGCUCUUGCCCAGACAUCGAUCGAGGUCCGGGGUGGUGUCCUCGCAGAUUUGCCAUCCUUUGGCAAGACGGUCACAACUAUUGCGUUAAUACAGAGCGAAUUCGAAGAGUUCUCGCCCAAAAUGAUACUCGACGAGAAUCGAUCAGCUACUGAACAGUUGCCGCAACUUAUCAACACUGCUGCUACGCUCAUCGUGUGUCCACCACAUAUCGCCAUACAGUGGCAGACAGAACUAGAGCUCUUCCUAGGCGAUGAGCAAUACGGAGAAUUUGACGUCCGCAUCAUCAGAGAUUUUGCGGAGCUCAAGCGUCUCACCGUCGAUGAUCUACAGCAAAGUCGAGUGGUCGUUGUAUCCUGGACUGUCCUCUCGGACGACGAUUACAUCUCGGAAUUAGCAUGGGCAACGGCUAUGCCUGAGCCCGCCAAUUCAAGUUGUCGAGCAUUUGAUGCAUGGAUGGAUGGCGUAAGCAGAGAGCUACCAAGUCAAGUCUCGAAGCUUCAGAGCAUGGAUCUAUCCGACUUCAAGCAAGCCACACGAGGCCUCCUCGAGCAACGUUUGCAACAACCUGAGUUUCAGGCGACACUACCACUGAGAUUGCAACACGGUAGCAACUAUCAGUCGUACGAGGCCAUGCAAGCUGCUGGUGGUCAGAAAAAGAGCAGCAAGCCUAAGCCUUCGCUGAAGCGGAAGUCGUCGGACUCGAAUAGCAAGAUUGUGCCUCUUCUGCAUAUGUUUCGAUUCAACCGUAUCGUGGUCGACGAGUACCACUACCUCAACGAUUACAAGAAGAUCAGGAAUAUGUUCACCGCAAUUAGCGUCAAGAAGAUUGCUGCCCACAAACGCUGGAUCCUCUCUGGAACCCCUGCCUUGGCGAACUUUACAGACAUCGACAACAUUGCAUCUUUCCUCGGCGUCAGGUUAGGCAGGUUUGCAGUAGGGUCUGGCAAACUGACUCCAUUGGAAGACUUUCUGGUCGAUGAUCAGACUGCUGUGGAACGCUUCUUAUCCAAGACUGAAGUCAUGUCACGUCAAUGGCACCAGGCUCGGCAUGAGCGGGCGCAAGAGUUCUUGGACCUUUUCGUCAGACAGAACGAAGCUUCGCUGGAGCACAUUCCCUGUCAUGAGGAACUACGAGCAGUCGAUCUUGACGUCGCACACCACGCAGUAUACCUGGAACUAUCACAGCAUUUAAUCUCUCAGCGAAUGCAAGUCAAGAGGCUCAGGAACAAAGCCGACUCCGAUAGAACCAGCAGACUGAACGCCAGCCUGAAUAAUUCCAAGACCGCAGAAGACGCUCUGCUGAAAGCAGCCCUGCUCUACGAGACUAGUGAAGGGGAGUCAGGUCUGGAGACGCUCGUCCAAAAACGAUCAGAGCAGCGUCGUGAGACCCAAGACGAGAUUUUGCGACUGAUGCGCGCAUUCGAAGGGCACAAGCGCACUGGCUUCAAGGGCCUCAAGCCUACUGAUCCGAAGAAGGCAGAAAAGGAGGAGAACACCGUUCCAAAGCUGUACGCUAGCUUUGUGCAAGAUAUCAAGAAGAACACCUGGCUUGGUGAUGGCGAUGCAACGAUGAAUGCAAGACGCCUGCUGAAGAGCGCGGAAGCGGAUCCUACCUCUGGAGGAUUGGAAGAGCUGAAGGAAGUUCCGAAAGAGAAAAAGAUCAAAGAGGCUAAGACAAUCAUGUCGCACCUGCGCGAAUCCUGUGUCGAGCUCGCAUUGCGAACAAGGUCGGAACGCUUCAUCACAACCGUUCAACAACUCCUGCAGCCGCUGUGCGAAGGCUCGGGGGAACCGAUCAAAUGCGAUGCUGAGGUGUGUCAGGGAGAAGCCACCGUCUCCGAGAUGUAUCUGGCCUCACAGUGCGGUCACCUCACCUGCGAACCCUGCAUCCUGGCGCGUGGCGACGACGAGAACUGCGUCGUGCCUGGGUGUAGUUGUACCGUUCAAGCCGUUAACUUGAUCAAAGCCACUGAUCUAGGCUCGACUAGGGAGAAGGUGGCUGGGCACAGCUUUGGCUGGAAGAUGAACAAUAUCGCAAAGCUGAUCACAAAACUUCCAAGUGGCGAUCAAGGCCUCGUCUUUGCGCCAAACGACGAAACGAUAGCGAUGCUAGGUGGGGUUCUUGAAUAUCACGACGUUCCGUAUUACACACCAAGCGGCUGCAACUCCCGCCAAGCGGCCAAGAUUAUCGAAGAGUUCAAAGCCAGCGCGAAUGAGGAUCUAGAAGACCGUCCGAAGGUCCUCUUGCUCAACUUGACUAGCGAGACCGCUGCAGGAGUCAACCUUACCAACGCGAAUCACAUAAUUUUCAUUUCGCCCUUGCUCGUCGAGAGUCAAUACAAGUAUGACUCGGCUAUGACCCAGGCCAUCGCACGAAGUCGACGAUACGGCCAAGAGAAGCAAGUGCACAUUUACCACUUCGCUGCGCUACGCACUAUCGAUGUCGACAUCUUCGAGCAUCGACACAAGCGCACCAACGGCAUUACAGCUGGCAAAUCGACCAUCCGCAUGCCAUCGAAGCCCCUACCAACGCGGGAGAAGACAAAGCUGGUGAAGAACAAGCAGGGCUCCAUGGCUCUGGUGCCUAUCUCAUGGCUUGCUGACGAGGAGGUGCGGAAGGAAUUGGGGGUGAAGGAGGAGCCGGAGAAGUUCACAUCGCUGAUCAACUUCUCUGAGACGUUUGAGGAUGGUGAGUAGUUGCUGCGCACAGUUAGGUUUUACACCUCGUUCUGCAUAAUGUGAGCUGGAACGGCACUCAGCGGUGCAUCCAUUUCUACUAUCACCAUCUUGGUCUUAAUUAUGUAUAAUAAUCUUACACCCAAAAU